GCACACACAGGCGGCUCCAACGUUCGCUCGCUCGCUCUCGCUGGCCGGCCAGGUUCCAACAGUCAUCGCGCACGCUAUCAUCUGCCGUCCAGUGUCGGGUCGGAGCAGUCAACAGUCAGUCGCUCCCCGUCCUCCAGAGCCUCCACUCCACAGCCAUGGCGUCAGUGAUGGAUAUCCUGAACACGGACAACCCCGUGUUCCGCGCGUACGUCUUCUACAGCUGCGUGCUGGUGCUCAAGCUGCUGGGCGUGGUCUUCCUCAUCGGCAGGCAGCGCUACGCCAAGAAGAUCUUCAGCAACCCCGAGGACCUCGUCGACAAGAAGAGCAAGGUGGUGUUCGGCGACGCUGAUGUGGAGAGGCCGAGGCGGGCUCACCUCAACGACCUGGAGAACAUCCCCGCCUUCUGGAUCACCGGCCUGCUGUACUGCCUGACCAACCCCAGCGCCUACCUGGCCAUCAACCUGUUCAGGGCCUUCACCUUCGCCAGGAUCGCCCACACCUUCGUGUACGCCGUGGUGCCCUUGCCCCAGCCCUCCAGGGCCCUCUCCUUCGCCGUCGGCUACGCCAUCACCAUCUACAUGGCCGUGUCCACCCUGCUGCACUUCGCCUAGGCGCUCCCAGCGGACACUGAUCUCUCUUCCGACCACAAGAUACAGUGAUGUGUGUUGUUUCAUACAUUGAUGGGACGGCACUGCCCGACAUGAAGUACCUGAAGUAGUCCUCACCAGCCACCAGCUUCAAUGCUCAUUCCACAGAACCCUUCGCAUGGGCGCCAAGGCCUGGACUGAUUCCGCGUUACCUGACCGAUCAAAGCCAUUAAUUGUUCCGUGUAGUGUACAUACCUGUUGAGUAAUAUAUGUGUAGACAUUGUCCUUUUUUAAUGAAAGCCUGAAAAUAAAUUGUAUUUUACCAUAA